AUGAGGAGGAGGUGGAGAGGGAGAAGGAAGCGGCCAUUCCCCACGAAGCUGAUGCGGAUGCGCCCUCACCUAUCAACGAGGAGUCAUCACAAAUCCGAGACUCGUCGGCGCAACCGUCGGAAGCGCAAUCGUCUCUUAUCGCCGAGGACCCAUCGGAGGAAGUCCUUUCCGCCGCGCAGCAGCAGCCAGCUCCGAAGCGAGGUGGUCGCGGCCAGCACCGCAGAACCAACAGCAAGGAUCAGGAUCCCAGCGUCAAGCUGGCCCGUGCGUCGAUUGCUUCUCGACGGUCGACGCGCCUAUCAGAUCGCACGACGCCGGAUAUUCACAGCAGCGCCGCUGCCGCUCCCGUUCGAGGAAUAG